AUGCAAAACAAUCAAAGCUUGAAAGAUUGCUCCAUUGAUAUUUUCUCCUUCAAUGAUAAACUAUCGGGAGGCUACCUUGGUACCAUUCUCAUGGACAGGAAUCAUGACCUACUUUUGAAAAUUGUUCCAUCCUAUGAGAAUGAUCACUUUAGAAAUGAUGCCUUGAUCAAUUCAAUGUUACAACAAGUAAAGAUACACGAAAGGGAAUGUUACUUUUACUCAACUCUGCUUCCCUUGUUAAAGGAGCAUAAUUUGCUGGUAUCUGAUAUCAUUUUCCCUACAGUUAAAAACUCCCAUGUUGAAUGCAAUAAUCAUGAAUGUAAUCAGUCAAUGUUUCCCAUUGGAGGUGGUUUUAUUUUGAUGGAGAACCUUUUAAAAAAUCGAGCUAGAUCAGAACUAGGGAUGGAAAGUAAUUUAUUGGUUGUUCGAGGAUUGAGAAGAGAUUUCUUUUGCUAUUCAUUGGAGGCACUUGCUAGAUUUCAUUCAUGUUCAUUUCAUCCAACUAUUAGAAACUUAAUAGAUCAAUCUCAAAGUAAUCCGAAUCAUUUAUUGAAUGCAGAAAUGUUUGAAAAAACUUUGAAUAUCAUAUUUUCAAAAGCUGAUUGUCAGUUGGUAAAUUUCAUUAAGGAUAAGAAGAAUAUUGUAGAGAAUUCAGUUAUAUUUAAACGUGCUGGGUUCGAUCUGAAUCAUUAUUGCAAUUUAAUUAACAAAAUCAUGGACGAAAAUUGGUUACCCAACGAUUCAAUAUUAUCAAGAAUUAUUGCUCAUGGUGAUAUUUGGAUGAAUAACUUUAUAUUUAUGAAAGAAUCAGAUUGUGAGGAAACAAAUAUAGCCAUGAUUGACUUUCAAUGGAUGCAUGUUGGAUCCUGUAUUCAAGAUCUUUCCUAUUACAUUUACAGCUCCUCUGAUUUAGCAACAUAUCUCAAAUUAGAUAAGCAUGAAAAGGAAUCAUUCUUACAUGCUCAUUACUAUUCAAUUCUAAAGGAACGAUACGAAUUAUUUAACAAAACUGAGUCAUUCAUAGAUUUCCAAACUUUCAUGCAGGAAUUUAAUAAGGAAAAGGGUAGAGGAAUUUUUCAAUUCAUUCUCUCAUUUGAGAUUCUUAUUGGGGCAGCCGGUGAAAAUCAAAACUUGAUUUUAGAAAUAAUUGAAAGAACACUCCUUGUGCUUCUCGAUUAUGAUGUUUCACUACCUUAA